CGAGAUUGCUAGUGAUGAAAACAAAAACAAUAUGUGAACGCUUUCUUUUGCACACAUGACUUCAUAUUCGCACCACUGGUUAUUUCAUCGAAAUAAAAUGGCAAAUAGACAUAACAGUGAGCAAGAACAACCGAUAUUUAAGAGUGGUGUUCAUCCAGAUCUCUAUGGCGCAAUUAACAGUGUAUCUGGCGAGCAGACCAUCGACACAGAGAAAAUGAGAGCGAGACUGAAAUGGCAUUAUAUGAAUGCUUAUGAAAAAUACAAAGCUGGAGGACGCAAACCUUGGAAACUUAUCAUUCAAAUCAUAAAGAUAUUUCUUGUUACGGCACAGGUCAGAAUUUAUAAUAGAGUAAAUAUUUAAGACGCUAUUUUAAUUGUUUUUAUGAAUACAAUAUUAUAUAUCGCCUGACCUUCGUACAUACAUGUCAUACUCUUGUCAUAUGACCACCGGCCUAUAGCUGAUCUCCAGUUCACUUUGUAAGAUUUGUCGCUUUAUGUACCCGCUAGUAUGUCUUGUCUGAAAUACUAUUUGUACAUGAAGUAAAUUUUUUAAUCAGAACGUAUUAAAAAUAAAGAAAUAUAUAAGUUUUAUAAGCUCUGAAUAUGACAUUUUUUAAUAUAUUGGCUUCUCUGGGGGGAUGGAUGGGCUCAGGGCUCGAAUUUUGUCGCGGCUGUGGAUCAUUGCGGCAACAACAGCAAUUUUUUGCUGUGUAGUAUAAUUUUUGCACUAUUCACUGUGCAUUACUAUUUUGACACUUAAUUCAGAUGUUGAUCAGAUGAUGCGUAAACUACUAUUUUGGUCUGAGUUUUCUUCGAAAACACUAAAGAAAUACAUAAACAUGUUCCUAGCUUGUCAACAAUCCAAGAGGUACCUCAAAGGGUUAAAUAACAAAUGUAAGUUUUAGGUGCUGCGUAAUUGAUGAAAAGUGGUCUUCUCUGGACCAGGGUGCAUUCCAUAAAACUCUAUGCCAAGGCGUAAAAAAAAAUACCUGUGGUUCUGGUUUCAUAUCGUAAAAAAAUUAGGGUCGGUAGGUCGGAAAUAAAUUUUUUUUAAAAUAUUUUUUUUCAUAGAGUCCCGACAUCAAUAUUAACUAGAACUUUGCGUAUUUCCUAUGGACAAAUUUAGACAAUUUGGUUCAAUAAUUAGUGUGACAACAGACGCCAUUUUGCCACGCUGUAUGAGCAGCCCGCAACCACCCGGAGAAAAUAGGGUCGCACGGUCAAUCGCGUUGAAAAAAUAAUAGGGUCGGCAGAAAAAAAUAGGGUUGGUCGGGAACCGGAACCACAGGUAUUUUUUUUUAUGCCCAAAGAUACACCAAUAUUAACUAUAGAUAAUAUUGUAAUUUAUCAAACUCAUGCCGGAUAUCUUCGCAUUUUUGUGCACAGAAUGCACCCUGGUUUCUGGAGAGGACUGUAUGGUGUGAUAGUAUAUUUUCACCAUUAACCCAUUGAUAGUACAACCUAAUGGUACACAUGAAAUCUAAAUAUCAUGUAUUGAUUGAAAAUCAAAUAAAUCCACAUAAAUAUUUGAGUCAGAACUUGUGCUAAAGAAGUAUAUCAGCAGAGGUGCUUGGUCAUUCAAUGUCAUGAAAAAUGUUCUAUGUCCAAAGAAGGAAAGAAUAUUUGUCUUUGGCCUAAAUACCACUCUGACUUGCAGAGUAUUAUCGCUACUGGCAAAUACCGGGAUAUUCCAAUUUUGGACGAUGAUCCCGAGCAGAACAGGACAAGACGUGGAUAUUUUACAAUUGUGCAAAACGAGAGAAUGGACGUGGUGACAAUGGCAACAUCACGUCUAAAGAAGUUGGCAGAACGGUUGAGCCAUGAGUUAAGGGUCUCUGUGUUCGAUGACCAAGCCACCUCAUCGGUUGAACAAUUUCUUCCACUACUCGAUUUGCAAAGAUUAGCAAAAUUAGACAAAAGUUUCAUCACAGCUUGAAAGAGCAUCACAAAAUUAGUAAUAUUCCAAAGUUUCGUUGCGAAAUGUUGUAAAAUGCGGAUAAUAUAGCCUUCUUGAAAAUGUGCCUGCAAAAUGUCUGCAUACAAAAUGCAAAACAUGACAUAAUGAGGCAUCAGUCAUUGAUUACUAUAGUCGCUGUUUAUUGGGCUACUGGCUACAAUUCACCAGACUCGGCUAUGUAAGAGUUAAUUACCGAGAAGGAGGGCUUUAUGCUAUAUACAGCCCCGAGAACGCGAAGCGUUCGAGGGCUUUAUAUAGCAUAAAGCCCAACAUUCGAGGUAAUUAACUGACUUAUUUCAUGAUUGAAGAGGUUUUCUAACAAAGUUUUAUUCUUUUUUUUUUGAUUUCGACAAGUAUUUUUCUAGUUUUCUCGCUUAUUUCUUGACUAAUUAGGGCUUUAUGGUAUUCAAGGGCAUUAUGCUAUAUACAGCCCGCGGUACAUCAAAGAAAACCGAGUCAAUCAUGAAAUAAGGGCCUUUAUUUUUCAAUAAAAAUGAACGACAACGAGUAAACUAAAGACUAAUUAAAAGUUAUUUGUCCAUAACUGGAAGCUCUGACUGGAAGCUUUGAUUGUUUUUUUAACUUUCCAGCAAUGGACCAUUUGCAUUAUAGACUAAAUUUUGGUCUAGACAAAAAUUUCAUCACAGCUUGAAAGAGCAUCACAAAAUUAGUAAUAUUCCAAAGUUUCGUUGCGAAAUGUUGUAAAAUGCGGAUAAUAUAGCCUUGCGAAGUUUGCCGUUUUUCAGUAAUUUUGUAUUACGCACGGGAAAUUGACAGCCCAAUCGGGUGUUGGGGCAUCAAUUUCCCCCUUUUGUAAUACAAAAUGACUGAAAAUUGGAAAUUUUGCAAGGCUAUAUUAUCCGCAUUUUACAACAUUUCGCAACGAAACUUUGGAAUAUUACUAAUUUUGUGAUGCUCUUUCAAGCUGUGAUGAAACUUUUGUCUAAUUUUGCUAAUCUUUGCAAAUCGAGUAGUGGAAGAAAUUGUUCAACCGAUGAGGUGGCUUGGUCAUCGAACACAGAGACCCUUAACUCAUGGCUCAACCGUUCUGCCAACUUCUUUAGACGUGAUGUUGCCAUUGUCACCACGUCCAUUCUCUCGUUUUGCACAAUUGUAAAAUAUCCACGUCUUGUCCUGUUCUGCUCGGGAUCAUCGUCCAAAAUUGGAAUAUCCCGGUAUUUGCCAGUAGCGAUAAUACUCUGCAAGUCAGAGUGGUAUUUAGGCCAAAGACAAAUAUUCUUUCCUUCUUUGGACAUAGAACAUUUUUCAUGACAUUGAAUGACCUUUGACAUUUGCAGCAGCUUCUUUAUGCAAACUUCAUGAAAUUUAUCGAACCGUCCAUGUGGUAGAAUGCUCACUAUUUGUAGGAAGUUGAUGCCAUGGCCAAACGUGUCGUAAAUAUCGCAAACUCCAGAGAGUGUUAAAACAAACUUCUUGUUUGCAAGUUUGUUCUUAAGCUGUGUAGCAUAUGACGCAGUUUGUCUGCUUUUCGCAUCCCUAGCACCAAAGUUAUUCAUUUGGGUUUCCUCCAACGUACUGAAAAGGGCUGGAUAGUCCUUACGUAGUUGUUCAUAGACUUUCGCACAAUGAUUGGCAAAUUUAGUCUCGCUGUAAAACUUAAGGGAGACCGCGAAACACAUCUGCAUCAAAAGUUUCGUCGUCAGCUUUCAACCUUUCAGCAAACAGAAAAAAUGUUCAAAUUCCUGUCCCCAGUUAAUAGCUGUGAAAAAAGAGCUGAUAUCUUCCGUAAUUUGAACGAGCCAACUGAACUGAGUUUCUUUUCUAAUUGCUGCAUCUCUAGUACCAGCAAUAUGCAUUGGAUCCCAGUCUGAGAAUUUCCUGUUGGCACCAGUGAAUCCAAAAUGACCAUCUAACAAUUCAGGAACCGAAAGGUGAUGAUAUUGCCCAUCAUAAGAGCCUUCUUGAUAUUGUUCUGCGGUAACAUAAUUUUUAUUCAAAAGAUCGAUUAAACUCUUUGCAAUGGCUGGACCUGUAUGACCGGCCUAAACCACAUGGAUAUCGAGGAAAAUUGGCUGGAUAAAGACGGUGGAGUUAGGCACAACAGUAAUAAAAGAAACAAAUUGCCGCGUUCUAUGCUUAUAGGUUGCUUUAUCAGCAACUACUUUUCCAACUGGUCGAAAACCAGUUUGGUCAAGCCGAUUAUUCAGAAAAUUAUUCACUCUGUGUUCAACCUCGUCUGCAACAUAGGGAAGAAACUUAGCAGGGAAUUUUUCACAAUGAUUGAGCUCACCGAUAUCAAAAGCUCCUUGAUUGAUUGGAGAAGUAAUGAAUCUGGGAAGUCUGUAUCUGGUCUUCCUUUCUUAAACAGAUAGUAACAAGUCUUUCCAAUCUUCACUCCAACUGAGCGUUCCCGCCUCUCUUCCUUGCCUUUCUGCCGAGGCAGCUUCGGACUGCACAUCACAAUUAAACUCUGGAUUAGAAAGAGGGUCUUCGUCCGUCGCCGGAUUAUAGGAGAAUAUUCCACGCACCAAUUUGUCAGGCCGAACUUGUCUUACUUGUUCAGCUGUCACGCAUACAUUGCAUGUCAUGACCGAUCUUUCUUCAUCAAAGAAAAUUCACUUAGUUUAUCAGUUAUUUCAGUAACAGAAGUACAUUGCAACAAGAGAUCUCUCGUAAGAUUGUCAUUUGACUCAUUUCUAUGAAUAGUUCCUGAACUUGGUGCAGCUUCUUUUUUGCUACUUCUUACUUCUACUGUUAGUUUGUCUACCUUUUUUAUCAGCUGUGCUAGGAUUUUCCUCGUGCUUCUCCUACUUUCAGGGCUUCCAUCGUCACUUUCUUUGAGAUUUUCUGCUUCAUUGUACUCCUGAUGAUCAAACAUUUCCUCUUGUAUCUGAGACUGACCUGUGAGUGUCUGAUCAUGCUUGUUGCCUUUAGCUUCGCACUCCUCCGUAUGAUCACUUUCGUUUUCGUUUAAUUUGCCUGAUUCUUGAUUGCUGCAAAAUCCAGCAUCAGUUACUGUGUUCUUUUCAAGGGAUUGAAUUGUUAAAGCAGUUUCGUCUUCUUUCGUAUCAUCUUUGUCUUCUUUCGUAUCAUCUUCGUCUUCAUGGCUUUCCAAAAAACGAGAUAAGCAUUCUUUGAUCCCUAGGGCAAUGGUCGUUACAAUCUUCAUCGGGAUGUUUUCUUUUCAAAUGAGCUCGGUAGUUCUGUUGUAUCAAUAGAGAGUUUAAGAUCUACGACGCGGCCGGCUCAACGACGCGGUCUGAAUCUCAGCUAAAAAAUGAACGCUAAGCAAUUUCAUUACCGUAAUAAAUGUUUGACGAUUUUCAAAUAACAUUACAAACUGCUAAGUUUGACUAAAGCGAUGCAAUGUUUGCUGUAAUUUCGACUUUAAGUAUCACCUUUUGAGUGGUCGCGUUGCUUGAAAGACAUGACAAUGCUUAGUUUAACGUUCUGCUGAGCAUGACAAAGCCGUUGAGAAUAUCCCUGGGACCACAAAUUAUUCACAGUUUUUGUCUUGCAUGACAGAUUUCUUUCUUUCGCAAGCGCGUCGUUGAGCCGGCCGCGUCGUAGAUCUUAGGGCCUGUUCAUAUGAGCCCGGUUAACCGAGCUGGCCCGCUUUGCCGAGCUGGCCCGCUUUGCUUUCACAUGAGGCGGGCUAGCCUGGCAAUCAUAUCUAUUCAUAGUAACGAUUUCCCGCGAUAUUUUAGCGGGAAAAUAAAAUUCGUGUUUAUUUGGCAAAAUUUUAUUUUGGCAACAGCUUCAGGAGGUUUAAUUUCGAUAAAUUCCUAUAGUUUUGGACAUUUUAGACUGUUUAUCAGUGGAAUAAAGCACGCAAAUUUUCAGCCCAGCUUGCCGGGCUAGCCCGGUUUUGCAUUCAUAUGAGCCCGGCAAGCAGAGAUCUCGCCUUACUCAAGCGAGAUCCCGGCAAACCGGGCUGGCCCGCUUCUCAUAUGAACCCAAUCCUAAAUUAAUAUACAAACAAUAUGUGAGGCGGGAUCUCGGCACUUGAAAACCAGCCCGGCUAGCCGGGCCAGCCCGGCAGAGCAGGGCUCAUAUGAACAGGCCCUUAAACUCUCUAAUGUCUUGCUACAAACGCGGCAUUCAGUUGUCUUCGGAUGGCUGCGACGGUAAUGUUCAUCCAUUAGGCCAAUUAGGGAAUAAUCAGCAUAUUAACCAUAGAUUAUAUCAGACUGACUUCUGAAUUAUUCUGAAUUGUAUUCUGAAUUUAGCGUAUUUUCAGUUCUGAAUGGAUUCACUUUGAGGUGUUAGGGUGACUUUGACAGUACAGGUAAUUUAAUGGAUGGGAAGUGAUGUCAAGUGAUGGUUUAAAGUUUACAAUACUAAAGGAAAUACUAAGGGAUGAUAACUGGUUAAUGAAAUUUUUCACUAUAUACAGAUUUGCUGGUUUGGAAAGUUGAGAUUCGCUGUGGUCACAUAUUUGGAUGAGACACAUGAGGUAUUUCAUGGAUUGUUAUUCAAGAAUAAUGGGUGUGACUUUUACACAAAGCAGAGUCUCUACGAACAAAUCAAUUUUACAACUUAUCAG